AGCGGACCGGGGCAUUUCUCCCCGAGAUGGCGGGUCUGAGGACUGCAGCCCUGCGGCCCGGAGUUCUUCUGCUCCUGCUGUCCAUCUUCCACCCCUCGCAGCCUGGAGGGGUCCCAGGGGCUGUUCCUGGUGGAGUUCCCGGAGGCGUCUAUUACCCAGGUGCUGGUCUCGGAGGUCUGGGAGGAGGAGCUCUGGGGCCUGGAGGCAAGCCACCCAAGCCAGGGGCUGGACUCCUGGGGGCGUUCGGACCAGGUGUUGGUGGGCUUGCAGGUGCUGGCCCCGGGGCAGGGCUGGGGACCUUUCCUGCAGGCACCUACCCAGGGGCUCUGGUGCCCGGCGGAGUGGCAGAUGCUGCUGCGGCCUACAAAGCUGCCAAGGCUGGUGCCGGGCUUGGCGUCGGCGGGGUAGGCGGCGUCGGCGGCUUAGGAGUGUCUACAGGUGCAGUGGUGCCUCAGCCCGGAGCCGGAGUUGGAGUCGGAGUCGGAGCCGGAGGGAAGCCUGGGAAAGUGCCCGGUGUGGGUCUGCCAGGUGUCUACCCAGGCGGAGUGCUCCCAGGCACAGGAGCUCGGUUCCCGGGUGUGGGGGUGCUCCCCGGGGUUCCCACCGGAACAGGAGUCAAGGCCAAGGCCCCAGGUGGAGGCGGAGCUUUUGCUGGAAUCCCAGGAGUUGGGCCCUUUGGGGGCCAGCAGCCUGGAGUCCCACUGGGGUACCCCAUCAAGGCUCCCAAGCUGCCAGGUGGCUACGGACUACCUUACACCACUGGGAAACUGCCCUAUGGCUAUGGGCCGGGAGGAGUGGCUGGCGCUGCAGGCAAGGCCGGGUACCCGACGGGGACAGGGGUUGGCUCCCAGGCUGCAGCAGCGGCAGCUAAAGCAGCUAAGUAUGGUGCUGGAGGAGCCGGAGUUCUCCCUGGCGUUGGAGGUGGUGGCAUUCCCGGCGGGGCCGGCGCCAUUCCGGGGAUCGGAGGCAUUGCAGGGGUGGGGACUCCUGCUGCUGCUGCUGCUGCUGCGAAGGCCGCUGCUAAGGCAGCUAAAUACGGAGCUGCAGGAGGCUUGGUGCCUGGUGGGCCAGGCUUUGGCGGCCCGGGAGUUGGGGUCCCAGGUGUUGGGGUCCCAGGUGUUGGAGUCCCAGGUGUUGGGGUCCCAGGUGUUGGAGUCCCAGGUGUUGGGGUCCCAGGUGUUGGAGUCCCAGGUGUUGGGGUCCCAGGUGUUGGAGUCCCAGGUGUUGGAGUCCCAGGUGUUGGAGUCCCAGGAGCUGUGUCACCAGCUGCAGCCGCUAAAGCAGCCGCCAAAGCAGCCAAAUAUGGCGCCAGAGCGGGAGUGGGAGUUGGAGGUAUUCCCACUUACGGGGUUGGUGCUGGCGGCUUUCCUGGUUUCGGUAUCGGAGCCCUCCCUGGAGCUGUCCCUGGAGCUGUCCCUGGAGCUGGCCUUUCCCCUGCGGCCGCAGCCGCGGCCCAGGCAGCAGCUGCAGCCAAGGCAGCCAAGUACGGUGCUGGAGGCAUAGGAGGCUUGGGAGGGCUGGUGCCAGGCAUCGGAGACGGAGUAGCAGGUGUGCCAGGCACAGGAGGGGUGCCAGGAGUAGGUACCCCAGCUGCCGCAGCCGCCAAAGCCGCAGCCAAAGCCGCCCAGUUUGGGUUAGGCCCUGGUAUUGGCGUGGGGCCCGGCGUGGCACCCGGCGUGGCGCCCGGCGUGGUGCCCGGCGUGGUGCCCGGCAUUGGCAUUGGUCCCGGCGGUGUUACAGGAGCAGGGGCCCCAGAUGCAGCCAAAGCCGCUGCUAAAGCAGCCGCCAAAGCCCAGUACCGGGCUGCAGCCGGGCUUCCUGUCGGCGUUCCUGGCUUUGGAGUUGGUGUCGGUGUUCCUGGCUUUGGAGCUGGUGUCGGCGUUCCUGGCUUUGGAGCCGGUGCAGUACCUGGAUCCCUGGCGGCAGCUAAAGCAGCCAAAUUUGGAGCCAGAGGGGUGGGGGCUCUUGGCGGAGCAGGUGUCCCAGGUGGUGUGGUAGGAGCUGGACCUGCUGCCUCAGCGGCCGCCGCCAAAGCUGCCGCCAAAGCUGCCCAGUAUGGCCUCGGGGGAGUCGGAGCCCUAGGAGUCGGGGGUCUCGGAGCUGGGGGAGUCAUCCCAGGGGUUGGGGGCUUUGGAGGUGUGUCCCCAGCUGCAGCUGCUAAAGCGGCCAAGUACGGAGCUGCAGCAAGACCUGGCUUCGGACUGUCUCCCAUUUACCCAGGUGGCGGAGUUGGGGCCCUGGGAAUUGGCGGUGGGGCCUGCCUGGGGAAAUCCUGUGGCCGGAAGAGAAAGUGAGCUUCCCAGGACCCCUGACUCACGACCUCAUCAACGUUGGUGCUACUGCUUGGUGGAGAAUGUAAACCCCUUGUGACCCCUUCCCCAUUCCCCUUCCCCCUGUCCCCACCGUGGGAGGGGACAGGCCAGGCUGGGUGGCCUUGGAAAUCCACAAAGCAAGGACACAAGAGUGGUGGCCAGGUGGGCCCCAGGAAGCCCCCUACUUCAGAGGCCAGGGGCGGGUGGGCUCAGCCCCCUGCCCCCACCCCCUUCCCACCCAGGAGCUCCCCUCCACACACUCUCCAUCUCCAGGGGAACUUGGUGCUACAUGCUGGUGCUAUCAUCUUCCUGGGGGGAGGGAGGAGGGAAGGGCAGCCCCUCGGGAACCCCCUCCCCGGGGCUCUUCUGAAGAUGGUGCAGACACUUCCUGGGCAGCCCCCUCGCCCCCUGCCCACCAGAACCUCUCCCCCAACCUCGGCUGCGGUCCAGUUGGUACCCAAGCACGAAAAGCCUCAAGCUGGAUUCGGUCAUAUGACCUCUCGGUCCCCUUGCCCCCCACCUAUUCCCCAUGGCUGGGACCCCUUUGGAUGGGAACACCCACCCCCCGCCCCACCCCCACCGCCACUGGGAAUAGUCCUCUUGCUCUCGUGGAAGUCGUCCACCCAUCUGCCCAUCCGUCCAUCCACACUUGACCCCAGUUGACCGCCCGGCGCCGCUAGCUGGCUGGGCGCCCCCGCCGUCAACCUGGUUCACCCGUCCUGGUGGCCUGUGCCCUGCCUCCACCCCCCUCACCCCACCCCCCCACGAUGGGGCCUGAGCACCCCGGGUGUGAGGAGCUGUGCCAGCUGGGGCAGCAGGAAUCUCCUCCCCAAUCUGGCCCCCCCCCAUGCAGUACUGUAACCCCGACCCCUCCCUGGAGCCACCGUAUUUCAGAGCAUUUCCCGCCCCUCCCCCUCCCAUCUCUUUGUGUCUCGCUGUGAUAGAUCAAUAAAUAUUUUAUUUUUU